UGGAUCAUCGGCCACGAUCUAUGCCUACUUGGGAGAAUUUCACGCCAAACAAAACUCCUCGCGAGUAAUGAUGGGCGCAUCUUUCGUGUAUGGACUCGGCUGCAUACUGCUGCCACUGAUCGCCUGGCUCGUCAUCAACCAAGAAUGGGAGUAUACGAUUCCGCUGCUGAAUAUCGUGUAUAAACCGUGGCGCCUGUUUCUUGUCGUCUGCGGGCUGCCCAGCCUAGUCUGUGCCCUGGCUCUGCUCUACUUCCCCGAGAGUCCAAAAUUUCUCUUCUCGCACGGCCAUGAACAAGAGACGAUCGCCAUUAUCCACCACAUGCACCGUUGGAAUACCAGGGGAAAGACUUCGAAACUGAUGCUCAGCUCGCUGCUACAGGAGCCGGAAGCUGAGCAGACGAAACAACGGCGUGAAGGGGCCGCUAAUACUAAGAGUGAGUUUAAGCUGCUGAAACAAAUGUGGCAUCAGACUUCGCCAUUGUUCAUGGCAUCCUACCUGAAGCGCACGGUGAUAAUUUGCGUGUUGCAAUUCGGCAUUUAUCUGACCUCGAACGGAAUGUACAUGUUCUUCCCGGAUAUACUGAACCGGAUUGCUGAGCAGGAGAAUGCAGGCGUAGAACGAAUAACCGUCUGCCAGGCAGUUUAUGCAACGCGUGUGGACAUCAGUCAAGUGGCACAGCAGGUGAACUCCACGGCGGUACAGGAUGAUGGUACAACUGUCUGCCAUCAAAAGCUCGACAUCUCCGCCUAUGAGCAUUCGUUUGUGCUGGAAACGAUUUAUGCAGUCGGUUUCGUUGUUAUUGGCCUUAUUGUGAAUGCUGUCGGAAGGCUGCCUAUUCUGGUGUUUGUGUUUGGCGUAUGCGGAAUUAGUGGCAUUCUGAUCGUCUACAUCGAUUUGCCCCUCUUGGCCAUCUGGUUCUAUCUGAUACUGCUGAACUGUGGGCUCUUAAUCAGUGUCGUCAGCGCUUGUACGGUCGAUUUGUUUCCAACGAAAUUGCGCGCCAUGGCGGUUUGCAUUUCUCUCAUGUUUGGAAGACUCGGUAGCCUUGUUGGAGCUAACAUUGUGGGCAUUCUGUUGGAUUCCUACUGUGAGCUUACGUUCUGGAUUUCCGGGGUAUCGCUUAUCGCCUGCGUCGUCCUGUCGUUCUUCAUACCGAACAUCUACAACCGGAAUGUGUCGGAAGGAAGGAGCAGCGUAUCUUUUACGACCAGCUUCUGGGUCAUCACAGUUAUGCGAUUCUUGACGGGAUUUUUCAUUUCUGGAUCAUCGGCCACGAUCUAUGCCUACUUAGGAGAAUUUCACGCCAAACGAAACUCCUCGCGUUCUAUAAUGGGCGCUUCUUUCGUGUUUGGAGUCGGCUGCAUACUGCUGCCACUUAUCGCCUGGCUCGUCAUCAACCAAGAAUGGGAGUAUACGAUUCCGCUGCUGAAUAUCGUGUAUAAACCGUGGCGCCUGUUUCUUGUCGUCUGCGGGCUGCCCAGCCUAGUCUGUGCCCUGGCUCUGCUCUACUUCCCCGAGAGUCCAAAAUUUCUCUUCUCGCACGGCCAUGAACAAGAGACGAUCGCCAUUAUCCACCACAUGCACCGCUGGAAUACCAGAGGAAAAGCUUCGAAACUGAUGCUCAACUCGCUGCUACAGGAAACGGAAGCGGAGCAGACGAAACAACGGCGUGAAGAGACCGCUAAUACUAAGAGCGCGUUUAAGCUGCUGAAACAGAUGUGGCAUCAGACGGCGCCAUUGUUCAUGGGAUCCUACCUGAAGCGCACGGUGAUCAUUUGCGUGUUGCAGUUCGGUAUUUAUCUGACCUCGAACGGAAUGUACAUGUUCUUCCCGGAUAUACUGAACCGGAUUGCUGAGCAGGAGGAUGCAGGCGUAGAACGAAUAACCUUGUGCCAGGCAGUUUAUGCAACGCGUGUGGACAUCAGUCAAGUGGCACAGCAGGUGAACUCCACGGCGGUACAGGAUGCUGGUACAGCUGUCUGCCAUCAAAAGCUCGACAUCUCCGCCUAUGAGCAUUCGUUUGUGCUGGAAACGAUUUACGCAGUCGGUUUCGCCGUUAUUGGCCUUAUCGUGAAUGCUGUCGGAAGGCUGCCUAUUCUGGUGUUUGUGUUUGGCGUAUGCGGACUUAGUGGCAUUCUGAUCGUAUACAUCGACUUGCCUCUCUUGGCCAUCUGGUUCUACCUGAUACUGCUGACCUGCGGGUUCUGUAUCAGUGUAGUCAACGCUUAUAAGUCCGCUCCGAUCGUUCCAGAACUAAAAGAACCCACACACCAGCAUCCUGUGAAACUUGACGAAGCUCUCUUAAUGACCAGAUUUGGCCUCUACAAUGUGUGUCUGAUCGCGAUUUCCGGAACUAUUCUGACAGGAGUGCUGCUAGAAUUGUUAGGAAUAAGCUAUGUGCUACCAGUAGCAGAGUGCGAUUUGCUGUUGACGACCAAGGAAAAAGGGGUAUUGAGUGCAAUAUCGUUUGCUGGCAUCAUCUGCAGUUCCCAUCUUUGGGGCUUUCUCGCAGACACCCAAGGCCGGCGAACCGUCAUAGUUCCAACACUUUUCCUGGCCUUUACCUGUACCGUGCUCUCCAGUUUUACGACCAGCUUCUGGAUCAUCACGGUUAUGCGAUUCUUGACGGGAUUUUUCAUUUCUGGAUCAUCGGGCACGAUCUAUGCCUACUUAGGAGAAUUUCACGCCAAACAAAACUCCUCGCGGUCGAUAAUGGGCGCAUCUUUCGUGUAUGGACUCGGCUGCAUACUGCUGCCACUGAUCGCCUGGCUCGUCAUCAACCAAGAAUGGGAGUAUACGAUUCCGCUGCUGAAUAUCGUGUAUAAACCGUGGCGCCUGUUUCUUGUCGUCUGCGGGCUGCCCAGCCUAGUCUGUGCCCUGGCUCUGCUCUACUUCCCCGAGAGUCCAAAAUUUCUCUUCUCGCACGGCCAUGAGCAAGAGACGAUCGCCAUUAUCCACCACAUGCACCGCUGGAAUACCAGGGGAAAGGCUUCGAAACUGAUGCUCAGCUCGCUGCUACAGGAGACGGAAGCUGAGCAGACGAAGCAACGGCGUGAAGAGACCGCUAAUACUAAGAGCGCGUUUAAGCUGCUGAAACAGAUGUGGCAUCAGACGGCGCCAUUGUUCAUGGGAUCCUACCUGAAGCGCACGGUGAUCAUUUGCGUGUUGCAAUUCGGUAUUUAUCUGACCUCGAACGGAAUGUACAUGUUCUUCCCGGAUAUACUGAACCGGAUUGCUGAGCAGGAGAAUGCAGGCGUAGAACGAAUAACCUUGUGCCAGGCAGUUUAUGCAACGCGUGUGGACAUCAGUCAAGUGGCACAGCAGGUGAACUCCACGGCGGUACAGGAUGCUGGUACAGCUGCCUGCAAUCAAAAGCUCGACAUCUCCGCCUAUGAGCACUCGUUUGUGCUGAAAACGUUUUACGCAGUCGGUUUCGCCGUUGUUGGCCUUAUCGUGAAUGCUGUCGGAAGGCUGCCUAUUCUCCUGUUUGUGUUUGGCGUAUGCGGAAUUAGUGGCAUUCUGAUCGUAUACAUCGACAUGCCCCUCUUGGCCAUCUGGUUCUAUGUGAUACUGCUGACCUGCGGCCUCUGUAUCAGUAUUGUCAACGCUUGUACGGUCGAUUUGUUUCCAACGAAUUUGCGCGCCAUGGCAGUUUGCCUUUCUCUCAUGUUUGCAAGACUCGGUAGCGUUGUUGGAGCUAACAUUGUGGGCGUUCUGUUGGAUUCCUACUGUGAGUUUACGUUCUGGAUUUCCGGAGUAUCGCUUAUCGCCUGCGCCGUCCUGUCGUUCUUCAUACCGAACAUCUACAACCGGAAUGUGUCGGAAGGAAGGAUCAGCGUAUCGUCUCGAUGACAACACCGGCAGUCUGAUACACUUAUACGGAAAACUCUAGAGACUGA